ACAUCUUAUCACGGAUCCUUAGCAAGACGUCAAUGAAACGAUGAGAAAACUCAUCCAUCUUUUCUCCACCCCGCACCGCAUUCCCUUAUUGAGUGCUGGCAUCAGUGUGCCGUCUCCGUUUGCUUCUGUCCUACGGAAAGCUGGUCGAUGGUCCGUGAAGCUCUUCAAAUGGACCUGCAUCAUCUACUGCAUCAACACGUACUGUGUGGAUGGAUAUAUGUGUAUUGGAGAAUCCAUGGAGCCCACGAUUUAUUCUCAUGACAUCGUCCUUACGGAGCAUUUCACACAGCUCUUCGGGCACUUGCGAAGGGGUGAUGCGGUGAUUGCCCGGUCUCCCGUGGAUCCACCCAUCGUGUGCAAGCGGAUCCUCGCUAAACACGGAGAUCUCGUGUACGAUGAGCAUUAUCAACCGGUCAAAGUGCCUCGUGGACAUGUUUGGUUGGAAGGCGAUAAACCUUCCGAUAGUCUCGAUUCUCGUCAUUACGGACCUGUCCCGGAAGGCUUGAUUUUGUCCAAAAUUUUCUUACGGAUUUGGCCGUUGUAUCGGUUUGGUCGUUUAAAGCGUUAUCAGAGGAAGGCUUUAGACGGCGAGGAUUUCGAGGCGGAUGAUUAUUUUGUGCCAGAAAAGGCUCGAUUUGGUGAUACUAUCCGAUUUUGACGAUAAAUCGUCUUUCUUUUAUUGUAAAUUUGUAAAUAACCGUUUUGUCCGUUUUGUUUCAUGUUGCACUGCGUUUUGUAGCGGUAGCCCGAUAGCAUCUAGUUUACUUGUCUUUUGCACGAGUUUUUUGUACAUAUUCAGAAAAAGGUAAACCGGGUAAAACAGAAGACUGAAAAUGAAUUAGGCAAAAGUUUUUCCUUAUGGAAUUACGACAAAUUAAAAUUCCUCGAAUUCGA